CGGAGUGAGAAAUGACAGGCUGUUAGCAGUGGAAAGUCACUAUUUGUCAGUUGACAAGAAACUGGACAAUGGCUUAUUUCAAGAAUAUGGUUGUCAUCAAUGUCACCGCCUUGCCAAUGGUGCCAGUGGAGGAGGGCCUGCCACCGAGUGGGAAGCAGAAUGCCGCAAGGAAGGCUCUGGAAGGCCAUGUACCCUGCUCCAUCCACCAGGUGAACGAAAGGAUUGCUGGAGUGAGCCUGACCCCCAAGCCGCUGGACAACAUCCUGAGAACGGCAGAUAAGAAGCUGCUGGCCGAGCUCUACCACUACCCCCAGUUUAACGACUCCAAGCCGAAUGAGCUCCCAAAUGGGGUGGACUUCUGUGACAUGGUGGCCAAUGUGGUCCGGUCUGAGAGAAACCCCUUUACCGGCAAGUUUUUCUGUUCACAUAGAGACUUAGAGAAGUUUCUCUCUUCUCCUCCCGUACGAGCCAUGUGGCUGGAUAGCUUCUGGUGGAUCUUCCAUGAAAGGUACCAGCGAAACAGGGAGGUCCAGAACAAGCUGUUCGAGCGGAUAUCCCAGCAGUACGCUUCGCUGCUGUACCGUGGGGCCAGGCCCCACUCGGAAGAGGCUAUCUUAAAAAGGUUGCCAUCGCUUCUGAGUAAAGGCCUGUACACCAGCUUCAGUUCCUGCUUCCCACAGUCCUGGCUCAACACACACGAAUUCAAGUCUUACAUCUGUAACACCAUGAGCCUGUGGAUUUCAGGUAUAUAUCCCAGCCCACUGGGCUAUGACACUUGGGACUACUCGAACCUGGACCCAGAGAGAUUCCGGAGAGAAGGGUUAAUAUCGAGGAGAAGACGAUGGAGAAGGGGAAACAGAUCUACCAUGGCUGACCAACUCCCAAUUAUUAUUAUUAUUUUUUUUUUUGCUAAUAUUACUUUGACAGAUCAUGGUCAGACUCAGGCCUUGAGGAAAGCUACACAAGUCAAGAAAAGAUCGGAAGCAAGAAUAUAUGAGAAUAUGCUUCCUAAGAAGUCUCACCCUGCCUGCAAAAUCCCUGAGAUGUCUUCCAACCUCUUCAACAUUUACGGGAAGAGUCCUCUGGUUGUUCACUUCCUGCUGAACUACGCCACCCUGCGGCAUUGUGGCAGAGACGUGCUGAUGACCAGGACAGAAAUAACCAAGACCGUCCCUGAGUCCAGCCUGACCUACGCUGAUGUCAUCAACCUGACCCUGUGCAACAUGAAGAAGCGAAGGGACAACCUCCUGCAGCUGACCCAGUUCCGGUGCAAUGAAUGGAGCUACUUUGACGAGUACCUAGCGGAGCUGCAGGACAACUUCCUCAGGGAGACGAAGAAUUUAGACCAAAGAGAAGCCGAUAAAAAAAGGGCAAACCGCACAUUCAUCCCACCUUCAGCCUUUUAUGAGGAAACCCUGGAAAAGAAACCUAAAGCCGACCAGGAGAAGGAGACCGAAUUUCUUCUAAGAGAGAUGAGCAAGUCGAAAGCAAUGCAGAAAAAGACAGCCCCUCACCUUCUGGCCAAUCUGGAGGAAUCCUUGUCCAAGAACUGGGAGAACUUUCGGGAUGAAGCCUGCACAUGGGCUUAA